AAAUGAGUGAAGAAUAAGAGUUUCUUUGUUAAGAAGAAGGUCAUGAUGAAGAUGAAAUAAUUGGUUUCUGUUUAAAUUAGAAAUGCACAUAAAAUUUGUAAUGUUGUUUAAAAUGUUGUUGGGAUAAACAUAAUAAUCAUGAAGAAGAUUGCAAGACAUUUAGAUAGAUAUAAAAGAUAAUUAUAAGUAAUAAAGCAUUGGAAGAACAGCAAAAAGGAAAACUAAUGGAGAAAAUAAAAGAGAUAUAAUAAUUAUGUGAAUAAAUAAUUGAACAUAAAAGUUUUGAUAGUGAGAGAUUAUAAACUUUAGAGAAAGACUUAAAGAAAAAAGAUUUUAGAAAAUGCUUAGACAAUAUUCCUUUAUUUAAAUAAUAUAGCGCAUUUUUAUAAACAAAUACUUAAAGUAAAAAUUGAUAUUAAUAUAUAUUUAGAAUUGUUAUUAGAAUAAUUAGAUAAAGGAUUAUAAACUUUGAAAUGUUUUACAAUGGGUAUAUGUGAAAUGUUAGAAUAAACAAAAUGUAAAUUAUUAUAAAAUAAUUAAGUAUUGGAGGAUAGUAAUGUCUAAAUAAAGUCUGAAAUAUUAAAUGCAAGUUAAAUAAAAAAGUAGACUCAUGCAAUAAAGGAGACUUAGACAAUAAAAAUAGAAUAGAAAGGUAAUUAUAUAAUAUCAAAAUAGAUUAAUAAAAUUAAGUAAAUAUAGAAGUGUAAUAAUAAUAAUAAUAAAAAUAAUAAACUAAUGAAAUAGAGAUUGUAGAAAAGAAAGAAAUGAAUAAGCAAGUUGGUCCAGGAAUUGGUUAUUAAGUAAUAUAAACUAUAAAAAUUAGUAAUAAAAUAAACCUCCUCCAUAAAUAUCUUAAAGUUAAAUAAUCCCAGGAUAGAUACCAGGUUAAAUUUCAUCUUAGAAUUAAUAAAUACUACCACCAGGUUAAUAUGGACCUCCUUAAAGUUAAUAUUAAUAAUAAAGUUCAAUACAACCUCCUGGUUCUUAAUUCUAAUAAGGUUCAAUUCCUCCACCUAAUUUAAAUUUGCCACCAUUAGGAUAAAAUUCAUCAUCAAAUCCAAUAAAUAAAUCAGGAUUACCUCCUAAUCUGAGUUAAUUACCAAAAUAACCAAUUCCAGGUUAGAUUCCUCCUCCUAAUACAAAAUCCUCUUAAUUACCACCUGGUAUAUCUGGUUUGCCACCUGGUUUACCACCUGGAAUUACCUUAUAAGGUUUACCCCCUGGAAUUACUCCAUCUGGUUUACCACCUGGAAUUACUCUAUAAGGUUUACCUCCUGGAAUUACUCCAUCUGGUUUACCAGGUUUACCAACAACUUCUAAAACUCCAUUACCUCCUAAUUUAUAACCAAAUUCUUAUUAAUCAAUACUAGGAUCUUUAAACAAUGAUCAAAAACAACAACUCAUGAUAUUACUUAAUAAUUAAUCACCAGAAAUUAUGAAAUAUGUUAUAGAGCAAAUCCUUUAAAAACAAAAUUCCAAUGAUCCAUAGUUUUAUUUAUAAUAUAUUAUUUAGAUACAAAAAUAAACCUCAACCUAAAAUUAAUUUAGAUCCUGAAUAAGUUAAAAUUUAUGAAAAUGAAUUCAUUCCUCAAAUUUUCAUUAAAUUUUGUAAAUAUCCUAUCUAUAUUUCAAGGUGGACAUUUAAUCAAUUAAGGAAAUAUUAAAGAAGCUUUAGAUAUUUGCAAUAAAGCAAUUUAAAAAUAUCAAUUUAAUCUUGAUUUAUCUUAUAUUAAAUGUAAUAUCUUUUUUAUCUUAUACUUAGGUAUAAUUUUAAUGAAAUUGAAAUAAUUUGAAGAAGCUCUUAAGACAUGUGAAUUUAUAAUUCAAUCUGAUCCUGAUAAAUUAAAAAUCUUCUCCUUAAAAGGUAUUAUCAUUACUCAUUUAUUAGGAACCAUUUUAUCAGAAUUAAAUAAAAAUGAAGAAGCUAUAGAAUUUUUCGAUUUAGCAAAUGGAUUAGAUCCAAAUGAUUUCGAUGGUCAUUUCUAUAAAGGUUUAUAAUUAUUAUUAUUCAUAAAGGAAAGACCUUGAUAACAAUGUAAUAAUAUGAAGAAGCUGUUAAAAGUUUAGAGAGAUCUUUAGACAUAUAACCAGAAAAUGAAUAAAUAUAUUAUCUUAUGGGUAUUCAAUUUUUACAUAUUUUAGGUGUUGCCUUACUCAAACUAAAUAAAUUUCCUAAAGCUAUUGAAAACUUUACCAUAGUAACCAGCAUCAAUCCUAAAAAUUAAGAAGCAUUAAUUUUAAAAUGUACUUAAUUUAUAAUAUUAUUAGCCGAAUGUUUAAAUUAAUUAAAAGAAUAUUAAGAAGCUGUCAAAAUAGCAGAUGCAGCAGUAUAACUUGAUCCUAAUGAACCUGAAGCUCAUCUAAAUAAAGGUUAUCUUUUCUAUAUAUAUAUAUAUUUAGGUUUGGGAUUACUUAGAAUCCAAGCUUACAAAGAAUCACUAGAUUGUUUUGAUAAAGUUAUCUUAAUCGAUAAUUAAUUACAUGAAGCCCAUGCAUUUAGAGGUUAUACUUAAUAUUAUCUAUAGGAGAAGCACUACAUAAUUUAAAAAAAUAUCCAGAAGCUGUUUAAUCUUAUGAUAAUGCUAUCAAAUUAUCACCUAAUCCUAAGUAUAUGUUCAAAAAAGGUAUAUCCAUUUUUUGUUAUUUUCAAGCUGAGACCUUAAAGGCUAUGGAAUUAAAUGAUGAAGCUGAUAGCCUAAUAAAAUCAGCUUAAGAUAAAUUAGAUUAAGAAAAUUAAUCUUCUCUAAAACAAGAAUUUUAAUCAAUAUGA